AUGCAAUUUUCAAUUGAUUUGUUUUUUUUUUCGUUUUGCCUUCAGGUACAAGACAGCUUGUUCCAGAGUUCUCCAAGUGUGCUGCACGAGUCCAACGCUGCGAAUGUCUCUGGUCAGCUGGACACUCUGUUCAGUCCUGGUGACCUGACACAGUCGCCCGGCGGCCACCCUGAAGAAACGUGGGUCACUGUUUUCGGGUUUCCACCAUCUGCUAGUUCGUAUUUUCUGCAGCAGUUUUCCCAGUAUGGCACCAUCGUGAAGUACAAGGUGAGCUCUGAGGGAAACUGGAUGCACCUGUGCUACCAGUCGCGGCUGCAGGCCAAGAAGGCGCUCAGCAAGAACGGCAAGGUUUUCGGGGCCCACACCAUGGUUGGUGUCAAGGCCUGCAUGUCGCCCGAUCAGCCAGACCAGGUGUCUUCGUCCAAGGAGAAUGUGUCUGGCAUCGAGGCCCGGCCGCUGGUGCAGGCCUACCGAGCGUCUGCCAGCAGGCGCCAGGUGACGCUACCGGAGAUUCCCACGCCGCGACGGGACACGACGGUGGCAUCACGAGCGCUCGAGUAUCUCUUUGGAUGGUAGCAGCGCCUUCAUCUUCGCCACAACCUUUGGUUUUAGCCCCGCCUGUGGUCCUUAGCGCUGCAAUAAAAGCGACAGUUCUUACCAG